GGCGUUUUAAAGUGUUAACGGAGGGAUUGUUUGUGUUGAUUUCCCAAAAUGCUGAACCCGCAGAGAUCUCUGUCGGAGCUGCCCAAGAUGUCAGCUGCCAGCCAAGUGGAGAGAGCAGUGCUGGAGGAGGAGUUCAACUGGCUGCUGAAAGAAGAAGUACAUGCUGUGCUGAAGCAGCUCCAGGAUGUCCUGAAGGAGGCAUCUCGGCGUUUCUCAAUGCCAACACCAGGCCUGGAGAGUCAACUCAAACAGGAAAACUUCAUCCUCGGCAGCUCAACCAUGGAUCAAGUGAAGGGGGUGCUGACUUUGCAGGGAGAUGCUCUGACUCAGGCUGACAUAAACCUGAAGGUUGCAAAGAGCAGCCAAGUGCUGCACUUUCAGUUCAGAGAAGACAAGCAAUGGAAACUGCAGCAGAUCCAGGAUGCCAGGAACCACGUGAACCAGGCUCUGCAACUGCUGAGCAGCCGUGAUGAGAGCUAUCACUUUAAGACCGGGGCUGAGGUUAAUAAGCUCAUGGAUGCAGUGAUGCUCCAGCUGACACGAGCAAGGAACCGCCUCACCACCCCGGCCUCCCUGACGCUGCCUGAGCUGGCCACCAGCGGUCUGAUGAAAAUGUUCACCCCUCCCAUGCCAGGCGACGUGAUGGUCAACUUUUACAUCAACUUGAGCAAACUGUGUCUGACCGUCUACCAGCUCCACGUGCUUCCUCCAAAUACCACCAAGAAUUUCAAGCCAGCUGGAAGCUCAGUGUUGCACAACCCCGGAGCGAUGUUCGAGCUCAACAACAACCGCUUUGAGGUGAGCCACGUUCACAAGGUGGAGUGCGUGGUACCGUGGCUCAACGAUACGCUGGUGUUCUUCACCAUCUCCCUGCAGCUCUGUCAGCAGCUCAAGGACAAGAUUUCAGUCUUCUCCAGUUUCUGGAACUACAGACCUUUCUAAUGUUCCGCCAGCGACCGGUCAGACCCAAACUAUCCACUCCAUUACGCCUCUGAGGAUGUGUAAGGGACACCCUGGGAAGGUUUUAUUUUUAUAUGUGUUUGUCAUGCAAUCAUUCAGUCUGAAGUGUUGCGUGAUUAGUCAGGAGCCAUUUAGACUCGAACAGAUGUCAGCAUUUCAUAUACUCAGUUGCGUGAACACAGCUGACCGACAUUCCUCUUAUAUAUGUGUAUUACAUCUCCGAGUACUGACUUCUUAAUGACUGAAUGUGGUUGUUGUUGCUGCUUUAUUAUUGGAAUUAUUAUUUUUUUGUUAUGUUAAAGCAGCUUAGUUCGUACUAUUUAUCUACUUUUCAGCCAAAUGUUAUCAACUGUCAUGUGGAACACUAAUUUUAAGCAGUUGUUGGUCAUCGCAGUGGCUUUCUCUCUGGAGUACUUUGAGUUCCCCUCACAGGAGUUUCAUAUUGCGUCCAUCCUCUGCGUUCCCAAACAAUACAGUUCUACUUUCAUCCCCCCAGGCUCCAAAAACACUGCAAAUGUUACAUAUUAAGGUCAGUUUUCUCAUCAUGGGCAGAACGACUCAGCCUGUGAAAGUACUUGUAUCACGUCUUCUUAAGGUCUGGAUCAGGGAUUGUUUGUGUAAAGUCAAAUUAUUUCAUGAAAAAAAAUUCUGUGUAAUGUAAAA